AGAGAGGCCAACUCUCUCUGGUGGAGUUUUCUAUACUACACACACAGAUUAAGCCUGUAAGGACUAGAAUAACGUCAACCACUGUUUUCACACUACAUAGAGAGGGGGAAGUAAUUGUCCCCGGGCCAAAAGUAAGAGAAAGAGGAAAAUAUGUGAUUAGAAGAUAACAGAAAAGGAGAUCCUCAUCGAGGUUUUAUUGCAGAAGAAGUAAGAAAGAGAAUACAGGAAGUGAGAAUUCUGGUGGUGGGUGGUAGCGAGAUGAAGACUGAGGCUGUCAAUACAGGAAGGGGACGUUAAACGUGCCACUGAGCUGAGAGAAGCCAAAACAAACGGUUAAGACCAAGACAUCACGAGCGUCGGCAUGAAGACGGACAGACAGAACGGAGAGGCCAGGAAGUUUGAUGCAAACUUCAAGGGACCGAUCCACAACAGGGGUUGCACCGAUGUCCUCUGCUGUAUCCUCUUCAUCCUCUUCCUGUUCGGAUACUUCGCCGUGGGGCUCCUGGCUUGGUCCCAGGGCGACCCCAGGAAGGUGAUCUACCCCACGGACAGCAGGGGGCAGUUCUGUGGGCAGGCCGGGACUCCCAUGGAGAAGAAGCCUCUGCUGUUCUACUUCAACAUCCUGAAGUGUGCCAGCCCCCUGGUGCUCCUGGAGCUCCAGUGUCCCACCACACAGAUAUGCGUGGAAACGUGUCCCAAGGAGCACCUCACCCUGCUCACAGCCAAGCUGAGCUUGGACAGAAAGAAGCAAGACUAUUACAGGAGUUACUGUAAGGAAGGAACCAACUUCACCAAGAUGAGCGCUCCAGAUAUCCUCAGCCAGGGACUCUGUCCAGCCAUGCUCAUCCCCAGCCAAGCCUUCACCCACCGCUGUCUCCCCGCCCUGGGCACCCUGAAGGGGGUGGUGGUGGUGGGGAACGAGACCUCCCUGGCGGACAACGCCGGGGACCAGGUCAACGCCACGCAGCUAUUGGACGCCGCCAAGAAGUCCAACCUGGUGGUGGAGGCGCGGCAGGUGGCCAUGAGGAUCUUUGAGGACUACACCGUGUCCUGGUACUGGAUCCUGCUUGGCCUGGUGAUAGCGAUGGUGGUCAGCUUCGUCUUCAUCGUGCUGCUGCGGUUCCUGGCCGGGGUGAUGAUCUGGGUCAUGAUAAUCCUCGUCAUCCUGGUCAUCGGCUACGGGAUCUUCCACUGCUACUGGGAGUUCGCCAGUCUAAAGGGAGUGGCCGGAGCCGACGUCACCAUCAAGGACCUGGGCCUGCAGACAGACUUCUCCAUCUACCUGCAGAUCAGACAGACCUGGCUGGCCUUCAUGAUCAUCCUGGCCAUCGUGGAGGUGGUCAUCAUCCUGCUCCUCAUCUUCCUGAGGAAGAGGAUCCUCAUCGCCAUCGCGCUGAUCAAGGAGGCCAGCAGGGCUGUGGGCCAUGUGAUGUCCUCUCUCUUCUACCCACUGCUGACCUUCUGUCUGCUGGCCAUGGUGAUCGCCUACUGGGCCGUCACAGCUGUCUUCCUGUCCACGUCCAAUGAGCAGGUGUACAAGGUGUUCAACAUCAGCGCGGGGGAGUUCACCAGGAACAGCUGUGUCCCUGAGUCCUUCAGCCCCAACAACUUCUCGGCUGGCACCCUGGACACCGAGUGCCGCUUCGCGUUCUACGGCGGCGAGACGCUCUACCACAAGUACCUGAUCGUGCUGCAGUUCUACAACCUCUUCCUCUUCUUCUGGUGCGCCAACUUCGUGACGGCGCUGGGGCAGGUGACGCUGGCAGGGGCCUUCGCCUCGUACUACUGGGCCUUCAAGAAGCCCGAACACAUCCCCGCCUACCCCAUCUUCGCCUCUCUGGGCCGAGCCCUCAGGUUCCACACGGGCUCCCUGGCGUUCGGCUCUCUGAUCCUGUCCCUGGUGCAGAUCGUCAGGGUCCUGUUGGAGUACCUCGACCACAAGCUGAAAGGCGCGCAGAACCGGUGUGCCAAGUUCAUCCUGAGCUGCAUGAAGUGCUGCUUCUGGUGCCUGGAGAAGUUCAUCAAGUUCAUCAACAGGAACGCCUACAUCAUGAUCGCCAUCUACGGUAAAAGCUUCUGCCCCUCAGCGAAGGACGCCUUCUUCCUCCUCAUGAGGAACGUCAUCCGGGUGGCCGUGCUGGACAAGGUGACGGACUUCCUCCUCUUCCUGGGGAAGCUGCUGAUCGUUGGCAUCGUGGGGAUUUGCUCCUUCUUCUUCUUCUCUGGAAGGAUCAAAGCUGUGGAGGAGACCGCUCCGUCUCUCAACUACUACUGGGUCCCCAUACUGACGUUGGUGGUGGGCUCCUACCUCAUUGCCCACGGGUUCUUCAGCGUGUACGCCAUGUGUGUGGACACCCUCUUCCUCUGCUUCUGCGAGGACCUGGAGAGGAACGACGGCUCGUCCGAGCGGCCUUACUACAUGUCCCCGGAGCUCCACGAGAUCCUCUCCAAGGCCAUGAAGCCGGAGGAGCCCCCCGGCGAGAGCCAGGGGGACGGGGGCAGCCCGGGGGAGGAGGAGACCCCCCUCAGCCAGCAGGGCUCGGAGGUCCAGCUGAAGCACCAGGCGCUGCUCACAACGGAGCAGGAGCAGGAGACGCUCCUGAAGACCGGCGCUGAAGCACCUACUGCAGCCGCAGAGGAAGAGGAGGAGGAGGAGGAGGAGGAGAGCGAAGGGAAGGCCGGUCCGAAGCAGGAGGCUGAGAAGAAGGAAGAGAAGGUGGAGGAAAAGAUAGGAUCCCAGGAGGAGGUGAAGGCUAAAGAGGAGGAGGUGGAGGCCGUUGCGGAGAAAGAAAUAAACGAAGAGAAGAAAGAUGAGACCGAAGGAGUCGAGCCUGCGGCCUCGAACAAGGAGUAGGGUCAUGUGACUGGGGUCAGCGCGCAGGGGGGGGGAGUUAAUUAUACAUGACGAGCUUGGCUGAAACUAGGGGUUUAAAAGAGGGUUUAUAUGCAUGUGCUCAGUGGCACAGCCCCGCCUGCCCCCUUGUGGUCGGACCGAGCGGGUGACGUAGAAGGAGUCUGUUCUGUGGGUGUGUGUGUGAGCUCCAGGCCUGCUUCCCCCUCGUCAGAGAGGGGGUCUUCUGUGUGAGCACCCAGUGCCCUGCUGUAGCUUCGACAUGUUUGGUUUAUCGUGCCGGGGAGUGACGCCCGAGUGUUGGGUAUUUAUAUUGUGAGAAAAACGUGUAGGACUUUUGCAAAACGCUGAACCUGUGCCUGACUUUACUAUCAUUAUACACACACACCCUGAACCUCGUCGUCAUGGCAACGGGUGCGCCUCAGAAACCACCGCAUACCGGGUUUACAGAGAACGCAUCUCGCUGGAGAGGGAGUCUUUCCACUGUUUACAACACACUACCAGCUGAUGCCAAAUGGUUAUACUCAAAUUUGAUAGACUGUGUGUGUACACACUUUUCUUUUUGUCCCACGGGACUGAAAUGUCUAAACAGUUGUGUGUGUUUGUGUGUGUGAUGUUUGUACUAUCUCUGCGGCCUUGUGUAGGUCGCAGCUCGCAGACUUACUGUAUUGUUUUACUGCACACUUGCCUUGGUCAUUUUCGAUGGGGAUAAGGGAUUGUUUCUGCAACGAUGCAACCAUAACAACCUCUCAGACUUUCCAAAUCCCGUUGUUCACUGAUCAUUGUUGUCUCUCUCUCUCUCUCUCUCUCUCUCUCUCUCUCUCUCUCUCUCUCUCUCUCUCUCUCUCUACUUCCUGUUUUCUCUCACUGCUGCAUGCUGGGUAAUAUCGCCUUCGGAGUUCUUUGCUACUAACAGCCAGCGUCUGUGGAUGCCUUUGUACCUCUUUCCUGUUAGCUAGAAACGUAGAUGUUGAACGUAGAUCUUUUUCGGUAAUACCGGUGACAUUCCAUAUUUACUGGAUGUAGUUAUUGAUUAAAGGUGAUUGAAUGAA